AUCCGGCCACCACUGCUGCCGGCUUGGCCUGCUUGCUUGCUCCCUCCACACCACACUCGUCAACUGACGAUACAGAGCAGCAGAUCGCCCCAUCAUGUCUAAGAAGGAGAAGCCGUUGCACUCUCUCAUCGCAGGGACGACUGCCGGCGCGGUCGAGGCGUUCAUCACGUACCCCACCGAGUACGUGAAGACGCGUUCUCAGUUCAGCGGGAAGAGAGAGAGCCCGUGGACAAUCAUCCGCACGACCGUGAAGGCGAAGGGAAUCUCGGGACUCUAUUCAGGAUGUAUGGCACUGGUCGUUGGUAACUCGGCCAAGGCUGGAGUCAGGUUCGUCUCGUACGACCACUUCAAGCAUAUGCUGGCAGAUUCGGAGGGCAAAGUGAGCGCGCCGAGGAGUCUUGCAGCUGGUCUUGGUGCUGGUGUGAUGGAGGCGAUAUUUGCCGUGACACCAUCGGAAACAAUCAAAACGAAGCUCAUCGACGAUGCCAAGAGCCCGAAUCCUAGGUAUCGCGGUCUUGUACACGGGACGGUUUCCAUCGUUCGAGACGAGGGGAUCAGCGGUAUAUACCGUGGUCUCUUCCCUGUGAUGAUGCGCCAAGGGGCGAAUUCUGCCGUGCGCUUCACGACAUACACGACGCUCAAGCAAUUCGUCCUGAGCACGGCGGCGCCGGGUCAGACCCUCUCUAGCGGGAUGACGUUCGGCAUCGGCGCCAUCGCCGGCCUUGUCACUGUAUACACGACAAUGCCUCUCGAUGUGAUCAAGACGCGAAUGCAAUCGCUCGAGGCGCGGCAAGCAUAUCGCAACUCGUUCCACUGCGCAUACCGGAUCUUCACGGAGGAGGGGAUCUUGCGGUUCUGGACGGGGACGACACCACGGCUUGCUCGUUUGGUGGUGAGUGCUUAACUUGAGCUUUUCUUUGCAUAUUUUUCUUCGCUCACGAUCGCUGCAGUUGAGUGGUGGAAUUGUUUUCACGGUAUAUGAGCGUGUAAUCUCAAUACUUGGAGAUCGACCAGCCUAAUACAGGCGAGAACGCGCCGCCUUGAUCAUAGACUCGUCCGGGCAAAUGAUACACCAGGCAAAUGGGGAUUUGAGCUUAGUC